AUGAGUGCCCACGUUGUGGUGAUCGACGCGACAGCCAGGCGGGCAACAAUCAAGACCACUCCCACCAAACAUUUGACCGAUAUCCUACAAGAAGCAUGUUCGAAGCUUGGAUAUAAUGCUAGCCAGUAUUCAUUAAAACACAAUCGCAAGCAGUUAGACCUUUCUCUUUCCUACCGUCUCUCUGGUCUCAUCUCUGGGGCAAAACUUGAACUUGUUCAACUCUCUCGCUCUCCGUCAGUCGUAACCGUCGGCCUACAGCUGCCCGAAUCUGAGGCCCGUGAUGCCCCGAAUGGCCGCAUACUUGACAAGUUCCCUAGUACGACUACACUAUGGAUGGUACUGCGCAAGUUCGAGGCGGGAGUUGCAGGGAGUGGCCCAGUGCGGAACCUCACUUCACGGGCAGUGCCCUCUGCCGAUGGCGGAGAUGUCGCCGGACGACUGUACUAUGAGAUCCCCGUCCUUCAGAUUUUGGAACGUGAAGUAUCAAGCUUUACGGAUCUACAAAAGACCCUAGCCCAGCUAGGUUUCAACAGUGGCAAUGUUCUUAUUCGACUCAGUUUCCGACGGACCGAGGAGCCUAUUGAAGAAGCCAUGCUCAAGAUUGGCGAAUUCUUCAAGUCGGAGGAUGAGGUUCCUUCGACACAGGAUAAGAGUGCAGAGCCCACAGCAGUUCCCGGUGACAAUACAAGCAAAGAGCCUGCUCAAGAGCCUUCCAGCGUCACCGCCGAAGUUGCCCCUCCCCCAUCUAUCUCCGAACCAGCCACUUCCACAGCCGACUCUGGCCGAACAAUUACUGUCUUCUCCCCUCCCUCGGAAGACAUUCCUUCGUCGGCAAAAUUAGACUACAAUGAGAGUGAUUACAUACCCUCUAUCGAGCACGCAAAACUGCACCAGCGGUUACUCAACGAGUCCUCUCGCCCAAAGCGGUUGCCAACGGAUGCCGAGAUCGCCGCCAAGGCAGAGGCAGAAGCGGCAAGGCGAGCAGCAAUUCACGAAGUCAAUGUGAAGAUCCGUUUCCCAGAUCAGAGCCAAGUGGUCGCCAAAUUUGGCACCUCGGACACAGGGCAGUCGUUGUAUGAAUUCGCACGCGGGUGUCUUGCUCCACCGUUUGCCAGUGAGAACUUCACACUCACUGUCCAUGGUGUAUCCCGAUCCAAGCAUACAAACGCCAUACCUCCAUCAGACAAGAAGCAUCUGAUUAAAGACCUAGGGCUGGCUGGCCGUGUGCUUGUCAACUUCUCUUGGUCCGAUAACGCUGCCUCGGUUGUUCACGAACGCCGAGCGGAGAUUCUACGCCCCGAGCUUCGGAGCCAGGCUCAACAGCUCAAGGUGGAGCAACCGCCGGAGCUCAAGGAAGAAGAUGUGCCCGCUCCUUCACAGCCGGGUCCGAAUAGCGCUCAGGGCGGCGAUAAGCCCGGCGGGGCACGGAAGAGUGGCGGUAUUCCUAAGUGGCUGAAGCUACCGGGUAAGAAAUGA